AUGCUUAAUCACUUCUCAUGGCGGCACAUUCCGGCCCUCUUGACUGCGGCCCCUAUGUUCCUGGGGGAACUAUUUCAUGGUCUUCUUGAACCAAAAGCCGCCCUCCUCACAUGGGGUAUGGUGGAGGAGGUUGCUCAAUCACGCGAGGCUCAGAUUGUCUAUUACGGACACACGAUGAGAACUAGUACACUGGGCAUUAUCUUUAUUGCUGUGUGGGAGCUUACGGUCAUUGGCAUUGGCAGAGUGGUAUUGGGGGAGGGACACAGCACAGACGGUAAUACGGAGUGUAUCGGAUUUGCAAUGGACUAUCGGUAUUGA